AUGUCGCAAUGUUUGAUUACGACAUAUUUACCAAUUUUUAGUGUUAUUAUAUGGGUAUUGUUUGAAUGUUCGCACAAAAAAUUGGAAUUAACACCAGCUGUACCACUUGUUAAAGGACCAAAACAUUUAGAUGUGGCUUCAAAUGUGAAAGCACCGUCGAAAUCACUUAAAAUUUCACUUCAAAGAGAGGAAAGCGAGCCUAAGCCUACAGCAGCACCGCUAAGAUCUGGUCGAACGCAAGCUUCUCAGACAGUGCCAAUUUUACCCUCUGAUGAUACAACGAAAAAUGUGGAAUCGUUACCGGAAAGUUCAGCAUAA